UUGAACAUGCCUCAAUCAAUGCAUUCAAAAUUGUUUUUCCACACGCUGAACAACAAGGUUGUUUUUUUCAUUUUUCUAAAUGUAUGUGGCGACAAAUUCAAAAUGUUGGUCUAGUCGAAAAUUAUAUUAAUAAUGCUAACUUUGCUCUUCAUAUUCGUAUGUUAGCUGCUUUGGCCUAUGUUCCACCAGAUAACGUUAUUAAUGCAUACGAAGAAAUUUUAGAAACACAAUUUUAUGUUGAAAAUGAAGACCUGGUAAUGCCAUUCUUGGAUUAUUUCGAGGAUAACUGGGUAGGAAAAAUAACAGGAAGACGAAAAACUCGACGACAACCAAGACAUCCUAUUGAUAUUUGGAAUUGUCACUAUUCAGCCAAAAAUGGUCUUCCAACAACAAACAACGCUGUUGAAGGAUGGCACAGAGGAUUUACAUCUGUUAUUGGAGCAAGCCACCCUAAUAUAUGGAAAUUCAUGGAUGGAAUUAAGAAAGUUCAAAACAUAGAAGAAUUAAAACGAGAGCAGUAUAAUGCUGGAGAACAACCACAGAAAAAAAAAAAAGUACAAGGACUGUAAUAAAAGAAUUCAUGCAUUAGUUACAAAUUAUAAUACUAAUGAGAAUAAGAACUUCAUAAAAGGUAUAGCAUAUAAUUUGUCACUGAAUGCCUAGAUAUAAUUAUAAUUAAGUUGAAUAUAAUUAUUUUAUUUAAAAUUAUUAUUAUUACUACUAUAAGUACUUAUUAUUAGAACUUAACGAUAU